AUGAGUUGGACCUCUAACAAAUUAGUCAAAUUGAUUAAGCCAGAGAUUGACAGAGCCCUAGAGGAAAGCCUUGAGACCAGGAGGGAGGAUGAACUGAGGAAUGGUGAAGUGAAGGAGGAGGAAAGUGAAGCAGGAGAUCCAGCUUGGCUCAGAAGAAGGGCUUCUCAAAAGAAGAAACUGAGCCACUCUCGCCUGGACCGGGUUCGACUACGACGGAUUGAAGCAAAUGCGCGGGAAAGACACCGUAUGCAUGGACUUAACAAUGCAUUGGACAGCCUGAGAAAGGUGGUUCCCUGUUAUUCCAAGACACAAAAGCUGUCCAAAAUAGAAACCCUCCGCUUGGCCAAGAACUACAUCUGGGUUCUCAGUGAGAUCCUGAGCACUGGCAAAAGGCUGGACUUGCUCACAUUCGUUCAGACUCUGUGCAAAGGUCUCUCUCAGCCAACCACUAACCUUGUCGCUGGCUGUCUCCAGCUCAACACCUGCAGCGUCAUCUCACAACCCGACGAGGAGUCAUUGUCUCUGUACGCAGCCUAUGAUCACCAUCCUGGUCCCGAGGCUGGGGGCUCCACCACAGCGGGUAGCGGUAGGUCUCUGCGACCUUUUGGCUCUUUCUGCAGCCCCUUUGAGUCUGUAAACAACAGUUCCUCUCCAGACAGUUCUGGUUCUCUGGAUAUGGGGACUCUCAGCCCACCCUUCAACUUCAGUGGGCUUUUCACCCUCAAACACGAGGAACCGGUUGACUACCGAAGUUGUCGCAAUGGUCUCCGCUAUGGUCCCAUCAAUCAGGCCUCCAGCUCAGACCUUGGUCCCUAUGACAUCCAACGACAGUUUUACCAGGUGCAGGGAGAAUUAAACAAGCCUUUCCAUAAUUGA